GCCCUACCCGUGCCGCAAUUUAUGGUCAUGGCUGUCAAUCACCGGGUCCCAGACGGUAAUUACUCGCCGACGCCCGGUGAUUUCCGUAGAUCUCCGAUGGGGAGGAGGACUGUUUUGUUUACUAACAGUUCUCCUCCCUCUCAGUUGUGCACAGCCAUCCAGAGCAGUAUGAUUACAGUGAAGCACCAACACACCGCCCCCCAGUAAAACACUCCCAGUACACAGUUACCCCUUUAAUCGCCCCUUAUGUUAACCCCUUCCUGCCCAGUGCCAUUAGUACCGUGUCAGUGCUUUUUGUAGCACUGAUCACUGUAUUGGUGUCACUGGGGAUGUCAGUGACACCAAGUCAGUUCCCCCCAAUGUCAGAAUGCCCGCCGCUGUCUCGCAAUAAGUUGCUG